GCGUGGGCACGGCGCCGGCAGCCGGGCCCCGGGGGUGCCGCCUGCGCCUCCGGCCGCGGCUUCUGCACGGCUGGACGGCUGCAACUCCUGCUAUGAUGCCUGGGCAGAUCCCAGACCCUUCUGUGACCGCGGGCUCACUGCCGGGGCUCAGCCCUCUCACCGGACUCCCCAGCUCAGCUCUGACGGCAGAGGAGCUGAAAUACGCCGACAUCCGCAAUAUUGGGGCCAUGAUCGCCCCUUUGCACUUCCUGGAGGUGAAGCUGGGCAAGAGGCCCCAACCUGUGAAAAGUGAGCUGGACGAGGAAGAGGAGCGGAGGAAAAGGCGCCGGGAGAAGAACAAAGUAGCGGCGGCCCGAUGCCGGAACAAGAAGAAGGAGCGGACAGAGUUCCUGCAGCGGGAAUCCGAACGGCUGGAACUCAUGAAUGCCGAACUGAAGACCCAGAUCGAGGAACUGAAGCAGGAACGACAGCAACUCAUCCUGAUGCUGAACCGACAUCGCCCCACUUGCAUCGUCCGGACUGACAGUGUCAAGACGCCCGAGGCCGAAGGCAACCCACUGCUGGAGCAGCUGGAGAAGAAGUGAUCAUGGGCUGAAAGGAGGACAAGGAGGAGCAGGAGAAGGAAUAGGGAGGAGGAAGGCAUCCCUGGGGGGCCCCUUCCUCCACUCCACGCAUGCAGAGACUUGACCAGGAGGUUCUCCACGGCCAGCCUCGCUGGGCUUUUUCGUGAAACUCUACAAUCAGCCACCAAGGGGAAGAGCGGGACCGACACCCCCCGGCCCCCCAAGCCCAUAAAUGACCAAGCGCUGAGACCAAAGUUGACCCAUGGAGGUGGGGGGUGAUGUGGGGAGGUGGUCCAGCUUGAAGGAGCCAGGACAGAGAUGUCCAUGGGCCAGAGAGAUACCUGCCUCCCCUCCAGGGUACCCACCCCCAGGAACCUCCAAGCAGCCAGGAGAAGCCAUGAGUUGCAACCAAAUGCGGCUGAGAACGGAGCUCAGUGACACUGCAGUCGGCCAGCCCCCAACCUGGCCCUUGGACCCUGCUGGAGGCCCAAGAGGGGCAUGAUAGGGGGUGGACGGCUGCACCCACCACCGGGUCCAGCACGGCCCUGCCAGAGCGGCAGCCGGGGCACUCCUCGCCGGCCCGCUGGAGCUUGCUGUGGGCACGAGGCGCGGGCGCCCUUCCAAAGCACAUACUCUCAGAAUGUUUACAGACUAGCUGCCUGGCGGGGCUUCCAACUGCACAUGGUUUUUAUACUUUCCUUUUUUUUUUUUUUUUAAUAUUU